AUGACAGAAUAUUUAAUAGAUCAAGUAUUUACCUACGAAAAGUUGGCUGACCCAUUGGACACCGCGUACGUGACUUACGUCAAGGAGGAUUACACUGAAAUCCCGCCAGUCCUUCCAGUUCCAUCGAGUCAUAAAUACCUUAGAGCAGAAGACAUGGUAACCGCCUUCAAAAUGACCUACUGCCCAAGCUGCAACGUCACGGCCAAGUUCAUCAAGAACCGCACGCCGAAGAGCUGCAAAUUCUGCGGUACCGAUUUCCAGUACCGAUGCGGCCAAUGCCAGAAGAUCUACCAACGGCUUCGGACCCUCCACACUCACCUUAAGUACGAGUGCGAGAAGGAGCCGAGCUUCGCCUGUGACCAGUGCAGCUUUCGCACGAGCCUCAAGUGUAAUCUGACGGUGCACAUGCAGUGCAAGCACACGGAUCCUGUCAAUAGGCCGAAAUGCGACAAGUGCGGCAGAUCGUACAAGCUCAAGCGUUAUUUGAAGAUUCACGAGAAGACGUGUACUGGGAAAGAGGAAUCGAUGGUAUUUCCCAUCGACGACAAAUCCUGCAUCAAGGAAUGCAUCUCAGGAUCAGGAUUUCAACAAAUUUUUAUUAAAGAGGAACACUCCAACGAUAUGAAUUCAACAAUGAACCCUUCGGAAGACUCGCAAGUAGUUUACUGUCCUAAAUAUACCGUAGCUAAUAAAUCUGCUGCGGAUGCAGAGAAGACUAAGAUGCCCGUUAAGAAGGCGAAACCUGGUCCGUUAAGUCGUAAAGACAAGAGUAAGGCGUCUCCUAAAGAAACUGAAACUGGUCCAUCUAUUGACGCAGACAAGAAUAAAAAGCCCACUGAAGAAACACCGGAACUUGCUACGUCAACUAAUGCAGACAAGAGCGAUAAGCUCACUGAAGAAACGGCACCCGGUACGUCAACUGACGCAGCCAAGAGUGAAACGUCUACUAAAGGACCGGAACCUGCUGCUAGCAAUUUAGGAAGCACCGGCGAGUGUAUCUUCAUCAAAACUGAAAUUGAAUAUUCCUCAGGAGACGACGAUAACGAUGCUACUACUGAGGAUGAUAAUGGAACCAAAGCGGGCACCUCUGAUCCACUAGCAACGAACUGGGCUAUGGUCUACUGCGCCACUUGCAAAGUCCUGUCCGAAUACGUGCGAACGAAGACCAAGCGCAACUGUACAAACUGCCAAAAUCCGCUAUUCUACCAGUGCACUCGCUGCAAAAAGUGUCUCUCGACUCUGCAAUGUCUUCAAACCCACAUUAAGGUCCACGAGCGCGAAGAGCAUCACUGCGAGCACUGCGACUUUCGCACAGCCAACAAAAACGUUCUCCAGCAACAUCUGGAGACCCGCCACGUGACCAGAGGUCCUUUCGGACGCGAGGAAUGCCCCAAGUGCAAGAGAACCUACAAAUCGCGUAAACUCAUGCUGAUGCACAGCAAGAGAUGCGGAGUGACGCCUGAGUUUAAGUGUGGUUUCUGCCCUUACAUGGCGAAAACGAUCAUGAUUCUCAGAGAUCAUGUUAAGAAGAGACACAUCAGCAAGGAGGAAAGCGUCUGCGAGUGUGGAAAGAAGUUCACGAAUAAGAAAUACUUCGAGAAACAUCAGCAGAAUUGCGAUAAGGGUGUAGAAAAUUUGAUUUUAAAAUUGUGUGCUAAUACAAAUUUUAUGAAGGUGGAAGAACUCUCUUACAGCUUAGAGGAUUAUAUCUCUGUAAAAGAUGAAAAUCCAACUAUUAUGGAAACCGCGUUUAUCAAAGAAGAAUUCACUUACUGUUCAGACGAUGAAAGCACUCUAUCGGCCGAGAAUAUUCCAGAUCUACUCUCUUUAGAAAUGGAAGAAUUCGAUUACAAAGAAGACUGCCUCAGAGAAACGCGUGAUCCUUUGGAAAGCGAAUCCGACUCCAUGGUUGAAGAAUUUGCAGAUAACGACAGCAAACUGGAAUACUGCAGCAACUGCAAAGUCUCAACCAUAAUAGACGUGACACAGCAACCGAAGAAAUACGAGAUACGCAACUGCCCCAUCUGUAAGAUCCAACUCCAAUACCGGUGCAGGCGUUGCAAAAAAUUCUACAAGUGGUUCGGCAGCCUCAACUUCCACGUGUCUCAAAUUUGUGGCAAAGAACCGAGUUACCGCUGCAACAAUUGCACUUUCAUGACGAACAGUAAAGGCGGAUUGACGGUUCACAUGCGCAGCAAGCACACGGCUGAGAUGACCCCCCAUAAGUGCUCUAAGUGUCCGAAAAUAUACAAGCACCGAACGCACAUGCUGAGACACCAGAGACAAUGUAUUGGCAUGAUUUAUGAAUGUAACGUUUGCGACUACAAGUCGCUCACAAAGUAUUUUUACGAGCUCCAUUUAAUUGGAAAAAAAUCGAACGAUUCAAAAGGCCACGUAAAAGAAGAGCUUCAAAUCGAAUGGGACGAUGAAAGUCAAGCAACAUCCAUAGCAGAUUUAACUGAUCAACAAUCUUCUGACGGGGAAGAACAUGAAUUAAUCGUAGAAGAACCUUCAAAUGAAAGCGAUAGUUCUGUGGAAAACGAAUCCAGGGCAAUGGAAGAAGCUUUAGAUGCAAGCGGAAAGAUAGUAUAUUGCACAAAGUGCAAAGUGUGGACCAGUCUAAAGAAACCCCUGAAAAAAUCAUGGGAAAAACGGUGUAUUAUCUGUGAUACAAGACUAAGAUACAAGUGUGAGAAAAACCCAAACGAUUCCGAAUCUUACGCAAAAGAAAAGCUCGAAAACGAAAGAAACCGCGAAAUUCAGUCAACACUUCCAGAUUUAACUGGUAAAAAUUCUCCUGAAGUAGAAGAACAUCAGACUGAAAAAGAACCUUCCAAUCAAGAUGAGUUAGACGAAGAAGGAAAAUUAGGCUACUGCUACCAAUGCAGAGUGUACACCAUUGUUGAGGAACCCUUGACGCUAUCUCGUAAAAGCAACUGCCCUACCUGCCAUACAGAACUCAAGUACAAAUGUAGAGGUUGCCGUCGAAACUACAUGACUUACAAAUUUUUUUUAAUUCAUAAAACUAGUAAAAAUUGUUGCGAGAAAAACUCAAAAGAGCCAUCGAUACGUUACGAUUGUUGUUAUUGUCAGAAACAGUGCAACUCCAUGCAUAAUCUUAGCAAACACAAAGACAAAUGUACCAAGAGUCCUACGAAUGUUAAGAUCUGUCCAUUCUGCGAUAUGAAGCCUUUAGCCAAAGAUUUCAAUUGGCACUUGGCUAUGAAUCAUUACUCUAUAUUGAAACAAGAAAAUAUAAUGUGA